AUGGAUUAUCAUAAUCAACAGACAACAACAAAUCUUAAUUCAACUGGUCCAGUUAAUCCAGAAACAGGUAUUACACCUGACGAUCAAAUGAAUAUUAUUGUUGAUCCACAACUUGAACAAGCAUUGUUUGAAAUCGAACACUCAUCCAAUCAAUCAUUAUAUGAAUUGAAUAAUUUAUUUAAUGAAGUUGAUAUGAAAAGAAAACGACGUGAAAUACCGGAAUAUUUAACAAGUAAACUUUGUUACGAUAUUAUGAGAGAUCCAGUUAUUACCCCCUUUGGUAUUACUUAUUGUCGAUCAUGUAUUGAAGAAAAUUUAUAUAAAGUUAGUCAUCUUGAUCCAAUAGCUAAUAAACCAUUAGUUGCGGAACAAUUAAUUAGUAAUCUUGUAGUCAAAGAAAUUGUGGAAAAAUUUAUUAAAGAAAAUGAAUGGGUCGAUGCAGAAUCUUUUUGA